UUCUCCUCCAACAUUCCUCUUCAUCAUCGAUGCUUCUUGAAUCAGGAAGUAGAACAAUGGCGGAUACAAUAAUUACUUCGGAAGCAUCUUCGAAUUCAUCGCAGUUGAAUCCUCCAUCUCGUACAAUUUGCCGUGUGUGUCAAAAACAGUUUUCACAGUAUACGUGUCCCCGGUGUAACACUCGGUAUUGUUCCCUUCCAUGUUACAAGUCGCACAGCCUCCGAUGCACGGAAUCAUUUAUGAGAGAUAAUGUAAUGGAGGAGAUGCAGCAGUUAGAACCUGGUGACGACACAAAGCAGAAAAUGCUGGACAUUCUUAAACGCUUUCAUUCAGAGGAAGAGGCUGAGAGCAUGGAUGAUGAUAAUGAUGGAUCAGCAGAGUCAGCUUUGUCCGAGGAAACCAUUCAAAAAAUCAUGUCAGGACUUGAAAUCAGCUUCGAUGAUUUAUCCACUGAAGAAAAAAAACAUUUUCAGAGAGCCAUUGCUUCCGGAGAGCUAAGUAAGCUGAUCGAACCAUGGGAGCCCUGGUGGUUAAAACCCUCCGCUAAAACCAUAUCUCUGAGUCGAGACGGAACCCAACGUGUUCAACCCAUAACAAAACACGAGCCCGACCCUUCAGACCUCACCUACGAGUUUCCACCAGGUCCCGAAACCGCAUUACCUCCGGUCAACAAACUUAGCUCAAGCGAACCAUCCCCGCUUUUAGCCAUUCAUCUUGUAGACAUCUUGUAUAGCUAUUGUUUCACCCUUAGGCUAUACAACGGAGACUGGCAGUCAGACCCGGUAGACUCAGCAACGGUUGUGUUAACAGUCUCGUUAGCUUUGGGUCAAAGUGGUCAACCCGAGACGGUUUCCGAAGCCCUGUCGUACUGUUUGGAACAAACAUGCUCUCCUGCUUUCCGACACAUGGGUGGGCCGCAAUUCGGGUUGGGGGUUAUAGACGAUGUCGCAAGUCUAUUGUCUCUCGGAGGCGAUGGUUUGAUUUGUGCGCUUUGUGAUCUGCACAGGAUGUUGACAGCGGGUUUGAAAGAAGUGAAGACGGAGAAGGUGCGGAAUGUUAAACGAACGGAAAUGAAGGCGAAGCUUAAGUCGGGUGAGAGGAAGGUUUAUUUUCUGAUAUGUUGGGUGCAUGAGCAGCCGCAAGAGGCUUGGUCGUCGUUGGCGGAUUUGGUGAUGGCUGAGAAGAAUGCAACCAUGGGUUAUAUGGGCAAUGCAAAGGUUAGUUGGAAAGCACAGAAGAAAGAAGAUAGGAAGGGGAAGGUUAUAAUCGAAGAGGUGUUGUAAGCGGCAAUGGUGGUGGUAGGGGUGUUUAUGGUCCGACAGGUUUUGAUGGAAUACUUGGGCCGAACCACUAACUAUGGUUUUGAAAAAAGACAAACUGAACUGGCCAGUACCAAUAAGAUCAAAAGAUCAAAGAAGCAAAGAGCCGAACCUGGAGCGGGGCCGGCUAUGGUUCAUUCACUUACUAUUUAUUUACAGAAGUAUAUAUUCUUUUAUUGUGUUUUAAGAUUAAGGGGCAUUUUUUAUGAUAUUAUAAGGUGCCGGCUACAGUUCAUUCAUCAUCCAGUGAGUAAUUUUAAUUAGAUAUAAAGUUUACAGUAUUUUUAAAAA